UUUGAACCAGUAGCGCGUCAGUCAAAAAGUAACGCAACAAAUAGGCGUGUUUCGCUACUUUCUUAUGUGUUUGUUGCAGACGUUUCUUGCUUGAAUUAAUAAUGAAGUAUCUGUGAAUUGUGUGUGAAAUUGAAAAAAGAAAAAUGAGUAAAAAUAAAGUUCGCCAGCAUUCUAGUCGUCGUAAACGGUACAAAGAAGUGGUUCAAUCACGUGUGAACAGUAAAACUCCUGUUCAAUAUACUCGUCGAUUAAAAACAAAAAAGCAUAAAAAAUUAAAAAAUAUUGGCGCAAAUAAUUCAAAUUUAGGUAUGUUCUACUUUUUUUCUUUCUUUGUAUUUCAUUGCAAUCCUACUCUCUCUAUAUAUAUGUGCAAUUGUUAAUUGUCUAUUCAUCAGAAAUAUACAAUCGUCCACCUAAAUUUAAUGAUGAACAUUAUGUUCCAGCUAGUUUUAAACAAAUGUUACUUAUGAAAGAUGGUAAAUGGAAAACUCUGUUUGAUCCAGCUGUUGGAGAUACUAAAGGUAUGAAGAAAAAAGAUGAUCCAGUUCCUGUCUUGAAACAAGGUAAACAUGAAUCAGAUGCUCAUUAUUUGGGACGACUUCAUAAAGAAGUUGAAGAUGAAUUAAACAAGGUGGAAUUCUCCAAGAAACAACGAACUGAACUUAUUCCUAUUACAGAAGUUAAACAAAGUAAAAAGAAACGUAAAGCUAUAAAACGUUUAAAUGAGAAACGUAAAGAAAAACGUUUACGUACUAUUGAAAAACGUUUAACAGGGUUUGAACAUUUACAAGAUAAAGUGAAAUUCAAUGAAGUUGUUAUGGCACCUCCAUUACAAUUGACUAAACCUAAAAUGGUAUUUAAGAAAAAAUUGGAUCAAAUACAUAGUUUAGACAAAUUGUUAACAACAUGAAUUACAAUCCUAUCCUUUGUACAUCUAUGCUGAUUUCGAUUAAUUAUAUAAAGAGAAUUGUUGAUACAUACUGAACUGAGAUUUCAUUGUUCUAGAUUAUACUUUAACUAGUGUAGUAGUGUUCAUUUGUUGAGGGUUAAAGAUAAAACAAUAAUU